AUGGUUUUGCUUUCCAGUUCUCUUCAACUUCGACGCCUUUACUUCACGGUCUCUUCAACUUCUCAUCAUUGCAUGCUCUGAAUCCCAAAAACCAGAACCAAAUAAGCACACCAAACCAUAAAAGUAUUCACCUUUCCUUUCUUUCUGCUCUGAAUUCUCUGAGAUUCUUUGAUCUUUCUUGCUGGGUCUUUCGAGUCUUAGCUCCUUCUCGAGUUUUUGCUGGUGGGUUUGAAUGGGACCCAUUAGAGGGUUGAAGAGGAAAAGGAAAGCAGAGAAGAAGGUUGACCAGGAUGUCCUGGCUGCUGCUUCUGGUCCGCUGGGGUCUCAUCCCCAGCCCUUGGAUUGGUGGGAGCAGUUUUCCAAGAGGAUUUCCGGUCCUUUGUCUAAAAUAAAGAAUUCAAGGAAAUUUGAAUCUGUUUUAAAAAUUUCAAGAAAGACGUUCGACUACAUCUGUUCACUUGUGAAGGAAGAUAUGAUGUCUAGGCAAUCAACCUUCACAGAUAACAGUGGCAAGCCUCUGUCUCUAAAUGAUCAAGUAGCAGUUGCUCUUAGGAGGCUUGGUUCCGGUGAAUCAUUAUCAAACAUUGGUGAGUCUUUUGGGAUGAACCAAUCCACUGUCUCCCAGAUAACCUGGCGAUUUGUGGAAGCAAUGGAAGAGAGAGGACUCCAUCAUCUCCAAUGGCCUUCAACUGAAGCAGAGAUGGAAGAUAUAAAGUCUAAGUUUGAGAGAAUCCGGGGCCUUCCAAAUUGCUGUGGUGCAAUUGACAUUACUCACAUUGUAAUGACUCUGCCAACAAUGGACCCAUCCAAUGAUGUCUGGUUUGAUAGUGAGAAGAACUACAGCAUGGUUUUACAGGCAAUUGUGGACCCAGAGAUGAGAUUACGUGAUGUCAUUGUUGGCUGGCCAGGAAGGGAUGCAGGCUUCCCCUUAUUGCCAUGGCUUCUCACUCCUUAUCAAGGAAGAGGCCUCUUAGAAUUUCAAGUGGAGUUUAAUAAACGACAUUCUGCAACGAGAAUGGUGGCGCAGAUGGCACUGACAAGGCUGAAGGAGAUGUGGAGGAUGAUACAGGGAGUGAUGUGGAUGCCUGACAAGAACAGGCUGCCAAGGAUUAUUUUUGUUUGCUGCUUGCUGCACAACAUCCUUAUCGAUAUGGAGGAUGAAGUGCUGGAUGAUAUGCCCUUGUCACAUCACCAUGACACUGUUUAUCAUCAACAAAGAAGUGAGUCUGUAGACAUGACUGCAUCAACCAUGAGAGAUCAACUUUCUCUCUACUUGUCCGGAAAACUCCCACCUUGAAACUGUCCUUUUCUCGGGUAGUUGAAGUUCAUGGUUCAUUGUUGCUGGGCUAUUGUUUCCUAAAAAUCUUGUUUCAUUUCAUAAAUUUCUCUAACUUUGCUAGUUGAACUGGAAAGUCAUAUAUUUCGUUCAGGAGCUUAUUUGAUUUCUUACAGAAUAACAUGAAUUUGUGUAUUUUAUAUUAAGAUUAUUUAAUAAAUGUGGACAGAAACA